AAUUUUAUUUCAAUCGCGGAAGUGCAGCGACUGUGGUUUGUUUUGAGCAGUACGUAGCACAAGUGUGGUGUUGGUCUUUUUUGUCAUUUGUAAAGGAUUAGGAAGCGCUGGUAGCAGAAUAAAACAUGGAGGACGACGCUCCUGUCAUUUAUGGUCUGGAAUUUCAGGCACGGGCACUGACUGCCCAGACAGCUGAGACUGAUGCUAUCCGUUUCCUCGUGGGUACACAGUCACUGAAGUUUGACAACCAGAUCCACAUCAUUGACUUUGAUGAUGAGAAUAACAUCAUUAAUAAGAAUGUCCUUCUGCACCAAGCUGGGGAGAUAUGGCACAUUGGCGCCAGUCCUGCAGAUAAGGCUGUGCUUACCACCUGCUAUAACAAAACCAGUGACAGCAGGCUGGUGUCCUGUGCGGCAGUAUGGCGGAUGCCGUCUGACUGGGAGACAGGAAGCCAUGAGUCACCUGACGACUCCGCCCACAACCCUCAAACCCUGGAGCUGCUCUGUCGCCUGGACGACAGCGCCCACGGCAACGCUGCCUGCGUACUGUGGGAGCCCAUGGGGGAUGGCAAGCGUGUGAUUUCAUUGGCUGAUAACAAUGCACUACUCUGGGACCUGCAGGAGAGCUCCACACAGGCCACAGUCUCCAGCACCGCCACCCUGGAGGGUAAGGGUCAGCUGAAGUUCACCGCUGGCAAGUGGAGCCCCCACCACAACUGCAGCCAGCUGGCCACAGCCAAUGACACCGCCAUCCGAGGCUGGGACCUUCGGACUAUGAGUCAGAUCUACUGUAUAGAGAAUGCCCAUGGCCAGCUGGUGCGUGACCUGGACUUCAAUCCCAACCGCCAGUACUACCUGGCCAGCUGCGGAGAUGACUGCAAGGUCAAGUUCUGGGACGUCCGCAACGUCCAGGAGCCCAUCAAGACCCUGGAGGAGCACUCGCACUGGGUGUGGAGCGUCCGCUACAAUCACAGCCAUGACCAGCUGGUGUUGACAGCCAGCAGUGACAGCCGCCUCAUCCUCUCCAACAUGGUGUCCAUCUCCUCAGAGCCGUUCGGACACCUGGUGGACGACGAGGAGCUCAGCGAGGGGGAGGACAACCACCAGGAGGACAAGAGUAAGGAGCCCCUGAAGGACAGCGUGGUGUCCACCUAUGAGGAACAUGAGGACAGCGUGUACGCAGCAGAGUGGUCUUCAGCCGACCCCUGGCUCUUUGCCUCGCUCAGCUACGACGGACGCCUCGUCAUCAACAGGGUCCCCCGGGCCCUCAAGUACCGCAUCCUGCUGUGAGAGGGAGGGACAGGUGACCUCAGUGUGUGUGUGUCGGUGUGUGUGUGUGUGUGUGUGUGUGUGUGUGUGUGUGUGUGUGUGUGUGUGUGUGUGUGUGUGUGUGUGUGUGCAGUAAGAGUGUGUCAAAACACUAAAGACUCUGCAAACUGCAUGUGAAGGCAGCAACAAGACUGUGUGUGUGUGUGUGUGUGUGUGUGUGUGUGUGAGUGAUUUCAUUGUACUGUUGUUUAUGUUCUGCUGACCGCAAUAAUAUCAUUCAUGUUGCUUAACAGCAUUAAAGUAAAAACACAACUUCUGGAUAAAAACUUGAAAUGUUGUGCUUUUUAAAUGUAAGUUCAUCAUAAGGAACACAAGAAAUAUCCUUCUCUUCAUUGUGACGUUAUUCCAUAAAGGCGACGGUGUGAAAUCAUUCUGAGAACUCAUAUUCUAUCAUUCUCACUUGUGUUGCAUCAUGUUGGUUAUUAUUGUUGCUUAAUUACCAAUAACAGCAUGCGUACUGUAAUCAUUAAUAUUCAUUUUACAACAGUGUUGAUUUCAUCAAAAAAAAUAAAUGAAAAAUCAGGAAAAA